GAUGGUUUGACACCUCUAAUUGAGACGCCAGCAGCACAAAAAAUCGCAAUAAAACAAAAUAGUUAAUUUAUUAAGCACUCGAGAGCCAUUAAUUAUGCCCCAAGUGCAAGUGUGCAAGUGCUAGAUCAAAUAUGGGGCACACAGUGAACUGCUGUGAAAAUGCAAUGCGCAUUUCUCUAUUCCAACGUUAAUUGCGCUGCUGCUGUCCAUAGUACCAAAAAAAAUCAAAUCGCGGGGAAGAGAGUGCUAGGAUGAUGAGAAGGCCCCAGUGCGUAAAUAUGUGAUAUGUGUGUGUGCGAGAGUAACUAGCAGUGCAAGGCAAGGGAAAGUGUAACUCAAAUAAUAAUACUAGUAAUCCAAAGGCAGGCCAGAGCGCAGACCAUAAAGUGAACAAAUAAAAAUACAAAUUCGCUCCACGAAAAUAGAACACUACGUUCGCGCACCUACAAACACACACCCUCUCAAAACGCACGCACACUCGCAUACCAAACGCAGUCGUCGCCCAUCGAAGAGGCGUUAUCCUUAUUCUUGUUGCUCGCUGCGCUGCUGCUGCCCGCCUCUAGUGCCAUUCGUUUUGGUCCUUUUCUUUGUCGCUUCUCGCCACAAGGCCAGCAGCAGCACGGCAGCUGUGCCUGUGCCGUGUGUUCGCGCCGUGCCGUGCCCCGAAGUUUCUAUUCGUUGCUUCCCUCCCUCCCUCCAUUGACAUCGCACUCUAACUCGUACUCGCUCCGUGUGCAUGUCCUUGGGCGUAAAGUGUUGUUGUUGCUGUUGUCGUUGCCGUUCGAUUCGUGUCCGAGAGUGAGAGCAAGUCGAAGCCGAACAAGAUGCCGCCAGCCCUGAUAGCCAUCUCCGAGUUCGUGGAGGAGACGCGCUCCGAUUACAGCUCUCCCACCACCUCCACCUUCGCCUCGCGAAUGCCGGACUGCCGCCAGACGAUUGGCAUUCUGGAAGAGCGCCUGGAGUUUGACCGGGAAGGCCUCACAAAGCUGAAGAAGGCGGUCAAGGCCAUACACAACUCGGGGAACACCCAUGUGGACAAUGAGAUGUUCAUGGUACGUGCGCUGGAGCGACUCGGCGGCAAGGUUAUCGAUCAGGAUGAGCCCGACAUUGGGGCGGCGUUCCUCAAGUUCAGCGUCGUCACCAAGGAGCUGAGUGCACUGAUGAAAACUCUGAUGCAGAACAUCAACAACAUUGUCAUGUUUCCGGUGGACUCGAUGCUGAAGAGCGAACUGAGGGGCGUCAAGGGGGACAUGAAGCGGCCGUUCGAUAAGGCGGCCAAGGACUACGAGGCGAAAUUUAUCAAGAUCGAGAAGGAGAAGAAGGCCCAGGCCAAGGAGGCGGGCAUGGUGCGCACGGAGAUCGAUGCCGCUGUGGUGUCCGAGGAAAUGGAGAAGGAGCGCAGGCUCUAUCAGCUGCAGACGUGCGAGUAUCUGCUCAAGUACAAGGAUAUUAAAACCAAAACAGGCAUCGAGCUGCUGCAGCACCUAGUCGAGUACUACCACGCCCUGAGCAACUACUUCAAAGACGGGCUCCAGACCAUCGAGCACUUUGGCACGUACAUUGGGGAUCUGAGCGAGAAGCUGCACGUGAUCAAGCAGAAGCAGGACGAGGAUCGGCGCAGUCUGCUCGAUCUGCGAACGCUGCUGCGCAGCACCCCGGACUUUGAGCGGGUGGACAAUGUGCCAUCUACAUCGGAUAGUCAGAGCCGAAGCGGGGGGGCGGGCUACUCCCUGCAUCAGCUGCAGGGCGACAAGCAUCAUGGGGUGACGCGGCAGGGUCAUCUGCUGAAGAAGAGCGAGGGCAAGGUGCGUCGCGUGUGGCAGAAGAGACGCUGUCGGGUGACCAGCGAUGGUUUCCUCGACAUCUUCCAUGCGGACGAGUCCAAGCCGCCGACCCAAGUCAAUCUUCUCACCUGCCAGAUCAAACCAGUGCCGGAUGAUAAGCGUGGCUUCGAUUUGAUUAGCUACAAUCGCCCGUACCACUUUCAGGCUGAGGACGAGGCCGAUCAGAAGGCCUGGAUGGCCGUGCUGGUCAAUUGCAAGGAGAAGGCCCUCACCAAGGCCUUCCAGCACGCCAAUCCCCAGAUGAGCCCCAGCCUGGUGGAGCUGCAGAAGACUGUGAUCCGCUACGUGCAGCUUCUGCCCGGCAACGACCGCUGCUGCGACUGCGGCUCCCGCAACGAUGUCACCUGGAUCAGCCUGAAUUUCGGCAUCCUCGUGUGCAUCCAGUGCUCGGGAGUGCAUCGCGAUCUGGGCGUACAUCACUCGCGCAUCCAAAGCCUAACGCUGGACAAUCUGACCACGGCCAAUCUGCUGAUCGCCCGUGCCAUGGGCAACAGCACGCUGAACGACAUCAUGGAGGCAAAGCUGGGCAGGGGGAAGCUGCAGCACGAGAGCAGCAUGGAGGAGCGCUACGACUUCAUUCGGGCCAAGUAUGUGGCUAAGCGUUAUGUAAUGCGCACCUGCUCGGACGACAAUGACUUGAGGUGCGAUCUGGAGCAGGCCAUCGUGAAUGCGGACAUGAGCCAGCUGCUGCAGGUGUGGGCAGAGGGCGCGGAUCUCACCUGCUGCCUGCCCAGCUCGGAUGCGGGCGAGACAGCUCUGCAUCUGGCCGUACUGCGGGAGAUGGGCUCCACGCUGCACAUUGUCGAUUUUCUCAUACAAAACAUGCCGCCGAAGGGCCUGAAUAAGGCCACCAAUCCAGCCGGACUGCUGGAUCUGACCGGAAAGAAUACGGCGCUGCAUCUCUGCGCUCUCCACGAUCGCAGGGAAUGCAUGAAGCUGCUGCUGCGCUCUGGCGCAGACUACGAGCUGAAGAACUCGCAGAACAAAACAGCGCUGGAUAUAGCCAAAGAGAUGGGACACAAUGGCUGCAGGGAGCUGAUUGAAUGUGCCAUAAAGCGUGAGAAGAGCGCCUUUGAUCACAUAAACACCGACUGGAAUCUGCCCAACGAGGACGGCUCCACGGAUUUCAGUGACGAUGAAACGGUCAUCGAUGAGCGCAAAUCUCGAUCGCGUCCCCCCAGUUUUGCUGGCGGGGACUCGCCAGUGCUGCGCUCACGCUCCUCCACCUGCGACUCCAUACAGUCGAGUUCUAGUCCAAUCGCCAACUGUCCCAGCCGCCAGUUUACGCUGCCCUCGGGCCUGCCCAGCUACACGCAUUCGGCGGGCACGUCGCCCAAGCAGCACAUCAGCGUGGGCCAGUAUCUGGGCAGCAGUGCCAGCAAUGUAGGCGGCGGCGGUGCUGGCAAUGGCGGGGGCGGUGGCGGUGGCUCUAGUCCCAGCUCCGCAUCCAGUCAGAGUGUGCGGGCGGCAAGGAACAGUCUGAAUAUGCAGCAGAGUGAGCUGGGCCAUGUGCCGGGUGGGGCCCGCAAAUCCACAUCCACGGCGAACAUGAACUCUCUGAAGAAGCGCACAGCUCCGGCCCCACCGCCUGGCACGCUGGGCAGUGCCUCUUCCAGCUCCUCCUUCUAUGGGACACUGCCCCAUCCGCCCCGGCACUCGCAGAACUUUGAUGCCAAUGACAUACGCGCCAUCAACCAUAAGAACCAGUCGCUGGAUGUGGCCUAUGGCACGCUGCCCCACCUACGCAGCGUGGAGAGCAGUCCCCGCGGUGGCUAUGGCGGGAUCCCUGGCGGAUCUGGAAAUGGCAGCAGCAGCAGCAGCCUGAUGCCUGCCAUGACGACAUUUGGCCACAAGCGAUCGCCCAGCGGGGAGUCGCUGAAUCGUAAUAUACAUCUGGCUGGAGCCAAGCUUGUGCUGCCACCCACUGGUGAGCUGCCCACGCUCAAGCAUGUGGACAAGUCGGCGUUGAUGCGCCCAAAGAUACCGCCACCAGGACCGCCGUCAGAGCGUGAGAUUUCCAAUGGUCAGUCGAAUGAGAGCAUCAGUUCCAUAGACGAGGGUCCCAUAGCGCCGCCACGAAAGCGCAAGCAACACAGUGUUUUGAUUGAGAGAUUGAGAUUAUCCCAGUCCAGUGAGGAGACGCUGAUAAAUCAAUCGGCCAACUUCACCGACUACGAGUCCUGGCACACGGACAUGGACAGCUCUGGCGGUGGCCUGGAUCAUUCGGCCGAUUCGAAUGUCUCAUCCAGUGACAACGAUCGCCUUCACUCGUCGCCCGACAAUCCAUCCAAAGGCGGUCCAGGAACAGGCUCAAGCGGAAAAUUCCACAACAACGGCCAGAGACGGUGCCGGGCGCUCUAUGACUGUGUGGCGGACAAUGAUGAUGAGCUGGAGUUCAAGGAGGGCGAGAUACUGAUUGUGUUGAAUGAGCGCACCGACGAUGACAACUGGAUGGAGGGCAUCAUCGAGGGACAGCCGUCGCGACGCGGCAUGUUCCCCGUCAGUUUUGUCCAUAUGCUGCCCGACUAAAUGGGCGUGGCACAGGGAUAAUGUUAGCUCAUGUGUAUUGUAUGUUGUAUGUUUCUGUGAGUGUGUGGGCUGUGCGCGACUGUAUAUAUCUCUAUGUGUGUGCGUGUGCGUAAUUUAAAACAAGACAAGAUUUUAUUUAUUAGAACCGUUUAUGUCACAAGGAAUAUACACAUGCAUAUGCAUAUAGGUACAUUCAUAUAUAAAUGUCUACUGUGAGCUAGUAAUUGUUGGAUAUAUAUGCUGCCAUCUCAUGUACAUUUCAUUUUCAAUCGGAAGAAGGAGCUGGAGUUUUAAAUGCUUUUGUAACCGAAUAUGUCCUGCAAACUGCUGUAAUUCGUACCAUAAAUGUAUCUACUAACCUUAGCAUUACACGCUGUGCGCAAAAGUUACUCGGAAUCUAUUGAUAUAUAUAUAUAUAUAUAUAUAUAUGUAUGCUUAUACUAGAUGCUGCCAUAUACAGAUAUACAGAUACUAAACAAUAUCCACAAGAAGACCCGACCUGGUCGGGCUUCUUGGCUACAUACGAAAGUAUUGUAUUACAGUUGUUGAUGAAUUGAUGACGAGAAAGUUUAUAAAACAACGUUGAAAUGAAAGAAACAUUUACUUAAACUAACCCCCCCAUACAUAUGA